AACCUCAAAAAACAGUUCACGCCGCUUGCCUUCAAAAGUAAAGAAAAUGGUUCGAAAGAAGAUUGACAACAGAAUUCGGGUUUUAAUCGAGAAUGGAGUUGCCGAGGGCCAUCGCACAUUCUUCGUCGUUAUCGGCGAAAAGGCCAGAGAUCAGGUGGUCCUCCUCCACCACAUGCUCUCAAAAACGGUGGUAAAAGCGCGCCCGUCAGUCCUCUGGUGCUACAAAAAAGACCUGGGCUUCAGCAGCCACCGCCAGAAGCGCCAGAGGAAGAUCGAGAAAAAAGUGAAAUCCGGAAAAAUCGACAUAAACGAGGACGACCCCUUCGAGCUAUUCGUCGCCUCGGCAAAAAUUCGCUACUGCUACUACAACGAGACCCACAAGAUCCUGGGCAACACCUUCGGCAUGUGCAUCCUCCAGGAUUUCGAGGCGCUGACGCCAAACCUCCUGGCCAGAACGAUAGAAACCGUCGAGGGAGGCGGCGUGAUAGUCCUCCUGCUGCAGUCUGUGACCUCCCUGAAGCAGCUCUACACGAUGAGUAUGGACGUCCACCAGAGGUACCGCACAGAGGCCCACCAGGACGUGGUGUGCAGAUUCAACGAGCGUUUCCUCCUCUCCCUGGCGUCGUGCAGUCGUUGCCUAGUGGUGGACGAUCAGCUGCGAGUCCUGCCGAUCUCCUCCAAGAACUUGAAAAUCGAGCCAGUGCCAAAGUCCCCAUCGAGCGCGGAGAACCCCGACCUGAACGCCCUGAAGGAGAGCUUCCAGGACACCCAGCCAGUCGCCUCCCUGGUGAGCCUCUGCCGAACAGUGGACCAGGGGAAAUCGCUCCUCAAGUUCAUCGAGGCCAUCUCCGAGAAGACCCUCAGGUCAACAGUCUCCCUGACAGCAGCCAGAGGUCGAGGCAAGUCAGCAACCCUGGGCCUGGCCAUAGCAGGUGCUGUCGCCUUCGGCUACUCCAACAUCUACAUCUCCAGCCCCAGUCCCGAAAACCUCAACACCCUCUUCGAGUUCAUCGUCAAGGGCUUCGAGGCCCUGGCCUACGAGGACCGACACGAUUACGACCUCAUUCAGUCGACAAAUCCCGAGUUCAACAGAGCCACUGUCCGAAUUGACGUGCACAGGGACCACCGCCAGACAAUUCAGUACAUUCAUCCCACAGACGCCCACAAACUGAGUCAAGCUGAAUUGCUGGUAAUCGACGAAGCAGCUGCGAUACCUCUGCCCUACGUCAAGGCAAUGCUGGGCCCCUACCUCGUGUUCCUGGCCUCGACCAUCAACGGUUACGAGGGCACCGGGAGGUCCCUCUCCCUCAAGCUUCUCCAGCAGUUGAGGAGCCAGACAGCAGCUCCAAACACUCACGACAAGAAGAGCGACAAGUCCCUCAUAGGUCGACAGCUCCACGAAUUGACCCUGGACGAAUCCAUUCGCUACAGACCUGGGGACGACGUUGAGAGCUGGUUGACGAAUUUACUCUGUCUCGAUGCCAUAACCCACGCGCCAGUCCUCUCUGGAUGUCCACCACCAGACGUCUGUCAGCUGUACUACAUCAAUCGUGACACCCUGUUCUCGUACCACAAGGCAUCCGAGGUUUUCCUGCAGAGGCUGGUGGCCCUGUACGUCGCCUCUCACUACAAGAACAGUCCGAAUGACCUGCAGAUGAUGUCCGACGCCCCUGCGCACCACCUCUUCUGUCUCCUGGGGCCGGUGGACCCCAACGGGAGGACAUUACCCGAAAUUCUUGUGGUGAUUCAGGUGUGUCUCGAGGGGGAGAUCAGCAAGUCCACUGUCGCCGAGGGCUUGGGCAGGGGCAAGAGGGCCUCGGGGGACCUCAUCCCCUGGACGAUAGCCCAGCAGUACCAGGACAACGACUUCCCCAGGCUGGCAGGCGCCAGGAUCGUGAGGAUAGCCACCCACCCUGAUUACCACAGCAUGGGGUAUGGGAGGAGAGCUCUGGAGCUGUUGAAACAGUACUACGAGAUGAAAAUUCCGAAUGUCGAGGAGGUGGAGGACAGCGAGAUCAAGAGGGUCGAGGAGGAGCACGUGGAUCUGCUCGAGGAGACCAUUCAGCCCAGGGCUUCGCUGCCACCGCUGCUUCUCAAGUUGAGUGAGAGGAGGCCUGAGAGGCUCGAUUACAUCGGUGUGUCCUUCGGACUGACCGAGCGACUCCUCAAGUUCUGGAAGCGCGCUGGCUUCGUGCCUGUUUAUGUGAGACAGACCACCAACGACAUCACUGGGGAGCACUCCUGCAUUAUGAUCGGUAAAGUGGAGUCUGAGGGACAGGAGUUUCGGUGGCUCGAGGAGUUCUGGAAGGACUUCAGGAGGAGGUUCGUCACGCUUUUGUCGUAUGGCUUCUCAGCUUAUUCGCCUGGAAUGGCUCUGGGGGUGCUGAGCAAUAAGACAUUUCAGGGGGAGAAUGCUGUCAUUAAGAAGGAUGUGCUGGACGUUUAUUUCACGGCUUAUGAUCUGAAGAGGCUGGAGGGGUACUCUAAUAACAUGGUGGAUUAUCAUUUGGUGAUGGACCUGCUGCCACCGCUCGCUAGGCUGUACUUCCUGGGGAUGAUGGGGGAGACCAGGCUGUCCGCUGUGCAGGAGGCCAUUCUCCUGGGGGUGGGACUCCAGCAGAAGAGUGUGGAUAAACUGGCGGAGGAGCUGGGGCUGCCCUCCUCGCAGCUUCUUGGGCUGUUCAACAGGGUCAUCAGGAGGUGUAUGCAGUAUUUGAAUGGCGUGGCUGAGGAGUUUGUCGAGAGUAGCAUGAGGGGGAGGGAGGGGAGGGAUAGUGUGACGGUGGAUGCGGCGAGGGGGAAGAGUCUCCAGCAGGAGUUGGAUGUCGCUGCCAGGGAGCUGAAGCUCAAGCAGAGGGUCGAGCUGGACAGGCUGAAGAGGGAGAACUUUGAGCAGUAUGCGAUCAAGGGGAGUGAGGAGGAGUGGAGCCAUGUGCUGAAGAGCAAAGGGAGCAAAUCCCUGGUUUCGGUUAAGAGCGGGGAGAAACGGGGGAACUCCGAGGAGCUGGCGGAGGGAAAUUUUCGGGAGGGCGAGGGGCGGAAGAAGAAGAAGAAACGGUUUUCGAAGUGAUGGGGGUGAGGAGGUGACGGCGGAGUGGGAAUUUCUCGGGGAUUGAAUUCAGGAGGAGAGCGAGGGGAAGAGUAAGUUUUUUUCUUGAGGAUUAGAUUUAACAGUGAAAAUAUCUUUUGACGUUUUGUCUUGAUGGAGGUCGUUUUGGGAGGCCAGGUGGGGAGGAAUAAGUUGCGCUUUGGUACUUCGGUACUGCAUUGUAAAUUGAGUUUAGUGUAAUAAAUGUCUUUUAUUUUAGAAAAAUAUAAAGUUUUGCUUUCUUCGUCAGUCGAAGAAAUUAUUGUCCACUAUGUACUUGAUGCAUUGGCAUAUGUAAUUGCGUUCGUGUUGGAUUGAUCGGGAUAGCAAUCGGUCCAGGAACAUUGACCUCUUCUGCUGGUGCAGCAAUUUUCUCGUCGGUUUCGGUGGUUCGUCUACUGUUUUUCGAGCCUUUCUUCUGGAAACUUCUUUUCUCGGAGGUUUCUCUUUCGUCACAGGUACAUUGGCAGGCGUUGGAAGACAUUCAGGUA